UGAUAACAGAGCGAUGAGCGUCAGUUCGGAAGCACAGAUAGGUGCACCGAAGGACUUUCGAAUUAAUUUAUGCGCCAGCAGAUGUUACAGAGGCACGGGAAAUGCAAAGUGCGUCCUUUCAAAACGAGGAGCGAAACCACAUAAAUCCACGAAUUUGUUUGCCAUUUUAUUGUUUGAGUCAGGGUGAGACUCCUUAAAACAUGCUCAUUUAUUUACUGCUAAAUUAAUUGCGACAGUCUGCUAUUUGUAUCGUGAAAGUGGAGCAGGCACUGCGUUGCCUAAAAUAGACCCAACGCGCUUUCUUGGUUUUUUUUUCCAUAACACACUUUUUUUGAAACACUGAGGGGCGGUAAAACGAGUCGCCAUCUUUGUUCGGGGCAGAGAAACAGCAGCGGGAGGCGGGAUGCCGAAGAGCUGCUCCGCAUAUAACUGCAGGAGCAGGUACAGUAGAAGGAAUCCGGACUUAACCUUCCACAGAUUUCCCCUAAGUAAGCCUUCUGUGCUGAAGGAGUGGCUGGACAACAUAGGGCGACGGGACUUUCAGCCCAAAAAGCACAUGGUCAUCUGCUCGCACCAUUUCACACCGGACUGCUUCAGUGGCUUGGGCAAUCGCAGGAACCUCCUGUGGAAUGCCGUGCCCACACUGUUCUCCUUCUCGCCCCCCAGCCCUAAGAGAAUGAAAUCUCAGAAAAGGCUGAGCACUGAGAAGUCUCAGAUCCCACUGAAGUUAUUGGAAUCGCGACAGGAAGACGUGAACGCGAGACAACCUGAGCCUUUAUCUACUGACGAGGCCACAGGUGCUGAAUCAAGACAGCUGAACUGUGAUCUUCAGGAUCUCAGGGCCACGGAGCACAGCUAUGCUCUCGCCGGCCCCUGUGCAGCCAAGGUUCGCCUCUUCCGCUCCCUCGACGCCAUUGUCUGUCUGUGCAGGAGGUUAAAGGUCAAGUGUCAAGUGAUCCAGAUGAUGAGGCUGCAGCUGCGUGCCGUUCGCAGGGAGCUGGUGAGCUUGCGUGGUCAGAGACGGGCGCCCGGCCUGUCAGCGGCCACACGGGACAGUGGACUCCGGAAUCGGCAAGUGGAGGAAGACUGUGGCUCUGGUGUACGUUGAUUUCAGUUUGCUUGGUAUGCUUAUGAGGUGCAUCCUGAGUUUGCCCAGUUUGAUGUGUCCUUGGGUCAACAAGGGAGGGGCUUGCGUUUCCCUUCUUUAACCAAUCACAGUCUUCAUCGUAUGACAUCACCGCAUUAAUUAAAACCAGUGUUUUCUGUUAAGUGGCAAGGUGCACCUGUUUUAUUGUGUAUGCCUUUUGUUAAAGGACAUGUCACAGGUAAAAAUAACAUUAGAAUAUGCUUACCUGCAAAGGCUCUACGAGGCAAUGUAAGGGUGUGUUUUUUAUUUCUUCACGAUAACAACAAUAAUAACAGGCCUUCAAUCAGCAGCCUUUCAAUCACAAGCACAGAGGCUUCGCUUGCUGAGCCACAUGCUGCCCCUAGGCUGAUAGCUGGGUGGCUUUAUGUCUCUAGUCUGAAAAUGAGGGGAAAAUGGACCAAUGCAGUGAUGUCAUCAGUGAUGCAGUGAAGACUGUGAUUGGUUAAAAAAGUGAAACGAAAACCCCUUCCUUGUUGACCCAGGGACAGAUGAAAAUCAGGAUGUCCUGCUUAUGAAAUGUAGGAGAGGGAGAGCACAAGCAUUCAACAUCAUGACGAAGAGAUGACGUUAGCUUAGACUAACAUUGGUUCAGAAGCUUAGUAGUAUGAAGUUGGUAUGUAGGAUUAUCUCAUCUUUUACCGUAUUUGCAUUACACAUUCACCCAGAUUCUGGAUUUACUCAACAUUAGUGUGAUAUUUUCCAUUCCAGUGACCAUUGAAGCAGAAAAAAGAUUUUUUUACAAGGUUGAAACUGUAAUGGGUGAAGAAAGAUUUGGUAACAGUCUGUUUCAGUCACACAUUUCAGUUGAGAAACAAGAGACAUCAGUCAUUUAUAAUUGAAGUAUAUUUUACAAAAUGUGUAUGUGAUGAUAUUCCAUAGACCUUGUCUAUAUGUCCGUAUAUCAGCUUUUGUCAUUUAAAAAAGGCCAUGAUGACAUUUCAUCUUUUAAAGGACAAAA